GCUCUUUGAAUGAAUAACUGUGUGAUCCUUUAUUAAUUCUUCUGUGUAAUCUGUUGCUAAUGAAGUCACAGAAACAGCACCUAAGCUUUGAAGAACCCAGCAGCAAGGAACUGGGAUCCUCAUCUUCAAAAUGUAACAAAAUAGCGCCAUUUGAGGCAGUAGAGCAUGAACAACCAAGGAUUCCUCCCAUUCGUCCUACAGAGAAGAGACAUCGUGUGCCUUCUGCUUAUAAUCGAUUCAUUAAGGAGGAAAUCCAAAGGAUUAAGGCUAGUAAUCCAGAUAUCAGCCACAGGGAGGCUUUCAGCUCCGCAGCCAAAAACUGGGCACAUUUCCCUCACAUUCACUUUGGGUUAAAGCUGGAUGGUAACAGUCAAGGAAAGUUGGAGCAGGGAGAAGGAGGUGAAAAGACCAAUGGAUUCUACUGAUAUAAAUGGAAGCCUGUGAGUAUGAGCUUGUUUUUUUCAUGCUUGACCUAAAUCAGUGAAAAUGAGGUUGAUCAAAUUUCCCAAUCGUACAACUGGAUGGGAGACUCCUGCAAAUUAACCUCACCCUCUCUCACCAAUGUUUAAUAGUACAUGUAUUGCCCUUUUCUAUAUAUAUAGAUAUAUCGUUGUUAUGAAAUGAUUGCCAUUCUUGUGAUUGCAUUUAUUGUGUUGAAUUUGAGCCCUUAAGUAAACAACACGUUCCUCUAUAUAUCAUAAUGAUGAUGAUGUUUCUUCAGUCAUCAUAAUCUAAAGUGUUUGAGUGUGUUUAAAUCUCUCUUUGCUUUCACAUUAAUUUGGAAGACGUAAAGAGAAAAGAUUGUUACAUUUAUGUACUGUUUAUCUAAAUGAUUUAUUCUUUUUAUGACAA